AUGUCCAGCGACCUUGAUCCUACUGUUAACAACAAUAAAAGGACAAACUCAUCAAAUGAAAUACCUGCUCAAUCUGAAGAUUCCUCAUUGGAUAACAAGAAAUUGAAGACAACAGGUCACAACAAGGCUUCUUUAAGGGACCAAAGUGGAUUCAAAUUAAGAUCUCAAAAUGCCGAUAGAAAGGCAAACAAAAAAAUGACAGAGCCCGAAUUUGAAGUCUAUAUUGCUGGACCUUUACGCAAAAUCAAACCAUAUUUUUUUGAAUACAACACUUUUUGCAAGAUGAGAUGGAGAAAUAGAAAUUUGUUAGACAUUUUUGUUAGCGAGUUUCGAGAUCGUAGCAAAGAAUACUAUGAAAAAACCAUUGCUAGCGGUGCCGUUUUAAUCAACGGGGAACCAGCAAACUUGGACACUCUUGUUAAGAAUGGGGAUUUAAUACAACAUAAAGUCCACAGACAUGAACCUCCAGUUACUAGCAGAGAAAUUAAAAUUGUUUUUGAAGAUGAUGACUUAGUGGUCAUUGAUAAACCAAGUGGUGUUCCUGUACAUCCUACUGGCAGAUACAGAUUUAAUACAAUAACCAAAAUUUUAGAAAGGCAAUUAGGCAUCCCAGUACAUCCAUGUAAUAGAUUAGACAGGCUGACUAGCGGAUUAAUGUUUUUGUGCAAGACACCUAAGGGUGCUGAUAAAAUGCGGGAACAAAUGAAAUCAAGAGAAGUCUCCAAGGAAUAUGUAGCAAGAGUUAUUGGUGAGUUCCCGGUUGACAAAGACCUUACAGUUGAUUUACCAUUGCUGACUAUUGAGCCAAAAUUGGGUUUAAACGGCGUGUGUUUUUCAAAAGAGAAUAUAGAUUGUAAAACUGCAAUUACCAGUUUUACUAGGAUAAGUUACGAUGGCAAAACCAGCAUUGUAAAAUGUAAGCCUCAUACUGGUCGAACUCAUCAGAUUAGAGUACAUUUGCAAUACUUGGGGUUUCCAAUUGCUAAUGACCCUAUUUAUUCCAAUAUUGAUGCAUGGGGCCCCAAUUUGGGGAAGAAUGGCGAUGCUGAUUUGGGAAAGGUUGUUCAAAUCUUGGAUUCUGUGGGUAAAAAUAGAUCUGCUUCUAGCUGGUAUUAUAGAGAUAACGUUAAUGGGGAGAUGUUAAAAAAUGAACAGUGUUCUGUUUGCGAAACUGAAUUGUAUACAGAUCCAGGUAUUAAUGAUUUAGAUUUAUGGUUACAUGCCUAUAAGUAUGAAUCCACAGAUAAAACGAAACCAUGGAGUUACAAAACGGAGUUUCCUAAAUGGGCUUUGGAGCCACACAAGAAAUAUAUGGAAUUGGCUAUAGAAGAAGCGAAAAAAUGUGAAGCAACAACAACGGCAUUUAGUGUUGGCGCUGUUUUAGUUAACGGAGAUAAAAUUUUAUCGACAGGGUAUUCAAGAGAAUUACCUGGCAAUACACAUGCAGAACAAUGCUGUAUUGAGAAAUGGAACGCAAAAAACAAGGGAGAUAUACCGGAGGGGAGUGUUUUAUAUACCACUAUGGAACCUUGCUCUUUAAGACUAAGUGGGAAUAAACCUUGUGUUGAUAGAAUUAUCGAUUUGAAGGGGAAAAUAAGAACUGUUUUCGUUGGUGUGAUGGAACCUGAUACUUUUGUUAAGAAUAAUGUAAGCCUCAGUAAAUUAAACGAGUGUAAUAUAGAUUACAUUUUAGUACCUGGAUAUGAACAGGAGUGUAAUAAAGCAGCAUUCAAAGGUCAUCCUGGUCAAUCUUUGGUAUAA